AUGUUUCGAAGAACCCUUCGACCGCCGUCCCAGUAUUUCAAGACUGUUUCAACUGUCGUUUUGAGAUCACAGAACACUGCGGCGGCACUGCCGAAAACAGAUGAAACCGUCUCCAGAAAGCGUGAUGUGGGAGACAGUGCCACUGUACGUCCGUUCGAAGAGAUCCCAGGACCCGGGAAAAGCUUCUGGUCGAUCGUUGAAUUUUAUCGGAAAACCAAAGGCUUUACGAAGCCAUACAAAAUGCACGAUGUCAUGUUCGCCAAAUAUGGGCCCAUUUACAAAGAAGAAUUGUUGGGUCGACCAACGGUGCAUUUAAUGGAUCCCAAUGACUUCGAGAAAGUAUUUCGCGCAGAGGGAAAAUAUCCUAAACGGCCAAACCUGUUUGAUCAUAUGACUGAACACCGUAGACGGAGGACUGGCAACCCCGGCAUAUUCCUUUCGUAAGUAGACAAAAGGUCCUUUUUGUCGGUUUUUAUUUUUGGUGGAUUUGUACUGUUUGCAUGCACAGUUCCCUGUUUUCCGCAUAAAGAUCGUCGAGCUCGAACCCGGUGUUCGAACGCUUACUUCUCAAUACAACAACUUGUUCAAGCUUCCUCCCGAUACAGCCAGAUAUCAUGACGAUCUUAAACUCCAGGGAAAAUUGAGACGGAAUGUAAACAGGCUAGUAGAAUUGAGACGGGAAGUGAACAGGCUAGUGACCCUCGAUUGACUUGUACUCCUUUACGGAAUAUGGCGUACCAUCCCCUCCGAAAUCUAAAUUCAUCAUUUAAAUGGUUUCAACUUCAACACUUGGAUUUUAUAGUUUGAUUCAAAAUUUUACACUCUUCUUUUAGAUUUCACAUCAUUGGAUUUUAAAAUGUUUUAACUCGUCUUGUGGCUUUUGAACUCAACCUUUUUAUUUGACCUUGCUCGUUGUACAUUUUCAACUCUCUUCGUCACCUUUACCUUUAUUCAAAUAUUUGUAGUCUUGAAACAGGAUUGCCAUCACGCAAGACGCCACGUCACGGUAGAACCAUGCAAUUUUCAACUCGACGCAGUGAAUUAAACUAAACACCCAACUAAUUUUCAUACGCUGUUAUUUUUUAGUAGUUUUGAUGCCUGAACCAGUGCUCUACAUUUGUUUGAGUCUGAGAUUAGAACUUGGCCCUUGAAACUCAUUCGACCUCGACCUCGUAAUAUUUUCAACUCGAGUUUUGAAUUUUCGCCUACGCUUCAGUGAUCAUUGGUCGGGACAAUAACUUUGUGAGGGUGGGAGACUCUGCUCCGCUCCGUAGAGGCCUCUUUGUUUGUGUCGUAGAGUAGCCUGGGGCCAGACUCCUUGGAGGGGACCCCCAUUCCCAUCUGCUGGCGAUACUUAGCCCUAUUUCGCUCAACGAGGAGUCAAUUCCUAGGCUAAAGAAAAAGUGAAAUCGCCCUCUUUCAAUCUUUUUCGCGAUUUUUCCAACUCGCUUUAAUACUUUGUCAAAUGUAGGCACACUCCUUGAAGAAGAGCUUGCAAAAGAGAACAUGUCAAGUUCAGAAGGUGAAUGCAACUUCGAUUCUACGCGCUUAAAUCAUCAGUAGCCAGGAAGGUUUCAAGUCUUAGCACGAUUUGCUCAUAUAUAUUUCAGAAAUGAUCAAGAGUGGUACAGACUGCGACACAGUAUCUCACCAAAAAUUAUGCGUCCUAAAAUAGUGGAAGAAAACAUCGAAAACUUCAAAGCUGUGACUAAGGACGCUAUCGCCAGGUUUGUUGAGCUGAAGGAAAAAUGUGGACCAAAUGAUCAUAUCCCUGAUUUGGAAGAAGAACUGGGCAAAUGGUCAAUGGAAGGUAAGUAGUUGGCUUCUUGUUACGCUUGAAACAAACUACGUUUAGUGUCGAAAUCAUUUCACCUUGCGGUUAUCAUAGGUUAUCUAUAUACCAUGUACUAAGUUUGCCGAAAUAGUGGAUAUUAAUCUAGAUUAAUGCAAGGCUAGACCUUUGAACGGACGGCCCACGUUGGAAGAAUGGCAACCACAGCCUUCCUUGUGGCGGGAAGGGAAGGGUGUAGUUAGCCACAAUUGGAAUCUGAAAUCCAAGUUCCACUGACAAAGGCAGGAAUCCAGUACCUGGAGUCCGGAAUCCACGGCUUGGGAUCCAGAAUUCAAGACUUUUUUGGAUUCCUUACAUUGGGCGAUAUAUUUUUUUUCGAAUCGACUUUUCUACUAAAGAAGUCUUAUUUUCCUUUAUUCACCGGCGUUAAUUAUUAUGUAUUCUCCUUUAUUCACCGUGACCGUUACCUAAAAAAACUGGCUUUUUUAUCUCCAGGUAUAGGAACAUUUGCAUUCGACACUCGUCUUGGGCUAUACCAGGACCCGCCAAAUAAAAAAGGUGUUCAUUUCAUUAACACAGUUCGUAAGCGCUUCGAGCUCUCUCAGCAGCUGACUUUUAAUCCAGUUGGGAAAGUUGCUUCUCAGUAUUUCGAGACACCAACAUUGAAGAAGUUCCUUAAGGCCUCCGACGAUCUUUUCGACAUCGGUCAGGAUCUUGUGAAGCAAAAGCUAAGGCAGCUAAAAAAUGAGAAGGAAAAGGGACUUAAUUCCUCUGACGGGCCACAAGGUAAUUCGAGAUAAAUACAGUCGUUCUCUUAGUGCAGAAAAAUGUAAAAAUUUAUUCCCUGAAAAAACCGUGAUUUAGAAUCUUAAAAGUGAUGAAAAGUUCUUACAAAUGAAAAGCACCCUUAACCAAGAUUAAUGUUAGGUAGUUACAAAAUAAGAUCCAAAUUUGAACCGCUGACAUAUUCAACAUCAUAGUAUAAAGUGAGCUUUUUGUAACUGGCGGCUUUGCCCCAAAAACUAAACUCGAAAACAAUGGCAUAGUUGUUUUUUUUCUCUUUAUCAGAGCAUAAAUGGAAAAAAUACUUUGACGGGAAAUUUCUAAAAAAUCAUUUCUUUAUCAAACUAGAAUAAUUAUUAAUUCAUUUAUUUAUCCAUUGAUUUUAGUUGUUUCGUUGUUAACAUAUAUGAUAACAAAGGGGGAACUUUCGCCAGAAGAAAUCAAUGACAUGGCACUUGGUAUGAUAAUGGCUGGAGUUGACACGGUGAGUGCAAUGCUCCAACAAACAUACAUGUAGAUAUGCAUCACUGAAAUGUCUUUAGAGCGAUUUUCGUAUGAUCUUGAAAAAUGGUUUCGGUAAGUGUUCGUUAUUGGUUUUUUCAGCCAAUGGAUGACGAAAUCAGCUUGCUUCAUAGUUUGCUAAGUUGAGCGAGUCCUAACAAAUACAAGGGGAAUUUAGAUUCUUCAGGGUUAUUUGCUUCUCCUUUUCUUUAAACCAGACAUCAAAUUCAGUACUGUGGAUGAUCUAUAACCUGGGAAAAUACCCUCACAUCCAAGAUAAGAUAUACCAAGAGGUAAAGAGUGUUGUUGGGAAGGAUGGAGAUGUCACAACAAAACAUCUUGCUAAAGUGUCAUACCUGAAGGCUUUCACCAGGGAGUCAAUGAGGUGCGCACCGUAUUGCCUAUAUUUAACUUCAAUGGAAGCUUGAUUUUUUUUACUGCAAUAACCACUUCGAAAGUCUUUAUCCUGUAAAUAGCGUAAUUAUUUAUUUUUCCUUACAUAGCUACUAUGACAUGUUGUUAUGGCGUUUAGUAAAUACUUUAGUUGCUCUGCAAACCCUAAGUAAGAAAACAGGAUAAUGGUAUCCAUUCGGGAACCGUGGAGACAGGGCUGUGUGCGUGACUUGUGGUCUGUUUCUGUUUUGAACAUCGUUAACGUUGUAGGUGAUCACACCUUUGAGGGUAAGUUUAUUUAAUAAACAAAAUAAUUAAAUAAAUAAAUAAAUAAAUAAAAUAAUGAUACUUGAUUCGUUCCAUAGUUUCUCUAUUUUACCACAGGUUAACUCCUGUGACUGGAGUGAACCUGCGAAUACUGGAACAGGAUGUCGUGUUAUCAGGAUACAAAGUCCCAGCACAAGUAAGACUCGAUUGCAACUUUCGGUAGCACCUUUAACCGUUUUUACGUCCAACACACUCGGCAAAAUUUACCCACACAAAAAAGAUGACAGGUAAACUAUUAAGUUUAUAGAAGUAUUCCUCUAAACAUUAGUGUGUUGAAAACUUGUAAAAGGUAAUAUGUUGAAAUGUAAUGAAGAAAAGAUGAUAUUAGACUUUGUGGUGGGUAAUAUGGUUUAAAGAUAACGGUUCAUCUGUCGAUAUUGCCCAAUCUAGUAUCAUAAUCUUAAGGUUUCAAAAAAUAUUAAGGCCAUGGUUCAACUAGUGAAUGAGUUUACGAUUUUGUCUUUUAUGAAUUGGAAUAUACAGGAUUGAUCACUUAGACAAGGACUGAGAAGGGGGAUGGGGGGGGUUCUCGCAUGGAGGGUAUGCUCGUCCUGUAUGCUCUCCCCGGAAGGAGACUAAUCUGGGUAUGGCUCAGGCUUUUUUUGACCCCUAAAGAAAAGCUUUUUAAUAACCACUUGCCUGAACUCGCUUAAAAGUUUGGCGCCUUGUUGGUUUAAUAGCUUUCACAAUGUGCCUUGUAUUUUUGUAGACCUUUGUUUUCUUUCAAGAAUACUGCACAGCGCGUUCCGAAAAGUACUUUAAAGAACCUUUGGAGUUUAAACCAGAACGAUGGCUGAGAGAAAACAAAGAUGAGAUUCACUCCUUUUCUAAUCAGCCAUUUGGAUUUGGAACCCGUAUGUGUGUAGGUAAGGAACUAACAUCAUCAAAAGUGUAGGUUCAAUCAUUUAAUUACGUGAUGACUAUGUCCACUCAAUCGACUUUAAUAGCCUUCUGUCUGCUGCAAUGAAGAUUGCUUUUUCUAGUCGAUCAAGCAGAUAUCAGAACGAUUUGGAAAUUAGAUUUCCCAAUCGAAGAGAUCCAAUCCCUGGAUUUAGAUUUCAGCGUUGGAUUUCGCGUUUUAUUGCCAAUUUAUAAUACGGAUUUGAAAAUCUGAAUCCAUGUUUCUCAAUCGAACGUUCCCUUAGAAACGUGACCAAGCAGACGUGCGACCUUUGUUAUAUCCCUAGUUCGCCUUGGGCAAGGUAGCUUGAGAAAACAGUCGACACUUCACGACGCCAAUACUGGUUUCGCCGCGAAAUGACGUCUGAGAGAUGAGCGCAGAAAUUCCAUAUUGAUGACGCGUCAUCUGGGUCGUACUUCUGAUUGGUUGAAGCAAAUUUCCCGCGCGGCACGACCAAUCAGAAGCGCUACCCAGAUCUGGAUAGUGACGCGUUAUCAGUAUGGAAUUUCUACGCUCAUUUCUCAGACGUCAUUUGGCGGGGAAACCAGUGAUGGCGUCGUGAAAUGUGGGCUUUUGUUUUUUCACACUAGGUAAUUAAAGACAAUCUUAGAUUGCGGACUCGACGCAGUGGAUUCUGGAUUCCAGGAUUGAAUUCCAGAUUCCUUGAUAGUGGAAAAGGGAUUCCGGAUUUUGUUCAUUAUCGGAAUUCCAGAUUCCUUGAGCUGUAUUCUGGAAUCCAAAGCCCGGGAUUCCGGAAUCCACGAGCCAAAAUUUGCCCCAUUCCAGAAUCCGGAGUACCUUACCUUGGCGACCAAGAAUAGAAUUGCAUUGUAACGGCAGAAUUAAGAACAGGGGAAACGAGUGAAGCACAACCAAUAGAAGUACAAAAUCGAGAGUUGUGUCGAGUCGAGUUUGGUGUAAUUGUGACGGACCAAUCGCAGCGUACAUAGCGUUUACUACAUUGUAAAACGUUUGACAGUACAUGGCUGAAUUGAAGAUCUAUUUUAAAAUUAUGAUUUACCGAUCUUUUUUGCAGGUCGUCGUGUAGCUGAGUUGGAGAUCUAUGUAUUUCUUUGUCAAGUAAGCAUCUGUGUUUGGCAAUUUUUGUUCUCAUUUGCGCAUAAUGCUGCAUGGGUAACUUUCACAGUCCCUCGGUGUCGGCAACUAGAAUCAUGAAUCAUGACGAUACCAUGACGAAUCAUGACGAUACCAACUGAAGGCAGAACUCUUUCCACAGUCCAGCUUCAAUGAGUCAAACAACCUUUUUUCAUUUGUCAGAAUUUCCACAUGAACCCUUGAAUCCUAGCCUGCGUACGUAGCAGCCGUACGUGUCACUCGAGGCCCUGAUAGAGAACUUGAUAUAAAAAUAGUCUAUUUAAGAAUUAUUCCACGAGUGCGCGUUGGAUGUGAGAUGGUAGAUAGCCAACUCGGUGCUACGCGCCUGGUUGGCUAUAAUCAUCUCACAUCCAACAAGUGCGAGUGGAAUAAUUGUUUUAUUAAAAACGCCCACAAAAUAUCGAGAAUUCUUCCUGACUUUAUUUGUAAAACCAACCGAUUUUCAGCUUGUUUUUAAUUUUGAGCAGACGCGUACAGUUACCAUAUUUGGAGAGCAUGGUAUAAUAUCAUACCAUGAUGGCUAAGCCAAUCACAGCUCUAGAAUUGCGUUAUCCAAUGAUUCAGCUUUUAAUAAAUAGUCUAUAUCAGGGAUUUAGACUGUCUACGACGCAGGCUAUUGAAUCCUGAAGCACGCUACUUCGAAAAUAACGAAAUGACCGGAAAAUAACCAAUUGAAAACACUGUUUAGAGGUUUUGUAGUAUUCAACAGCACAUGUAAGAGCCAAGAAAUUAACGAAUACUGAAAAGAAAGACAUAAUGAACUGCUUAGCAGCUUUGAAAGUAAAGGAGGAAUCCAAAAAAAUAAGAAAAUGACAAGAUUUUGUCCUUCUCUCUCCCCCAUAGUUCCUUCAGCGUUUUCGCGUGGAAUCGUGUCACCAGGAGCCUGUGGAGCCUCGCCAAAAGUUAGUUACUGUUCCAGACAAACCUGUUAAGAUCAGGUUGCUUGAUCGCCUUUGA